CCGCGUCCGGCCGCGCCGCUGGGAGCUGAGCCGGGCGGACGGGGCGGGAGCGACCGAGUCCCGAGUGUCAGCGGCCUCCGAGACGGACACCGGGCCCGCCGGCCUCGGGCAGUCACCAGACUGACGGGCCCAGGGCUGCGAUGAAGUGAGGGGCGCCGCUGUCUCCAAUCGGGGAAAGGUGAGGUCGCUCGGUCCGGGCCCAGCGCCGGGCUGGGGGGAGAAGGGACCUGACCUGGCUGACCUCGCCGGGUGACGGGGGAGCUGCCCGUCCACCCCCAGCAGCAUGGAUGCCCCGCGAAGGGACAUGGAGCUGCUCAGCAACAGCCUGGCGGCCUUCGCACAUAUCCGCGCUAACCCCGAGAGCUUCGGCCUCUACUUCGUGCUGGGCGUCUGCUUCGGCCUGCUGCUGACCCUGUGCCUGCUGGUCAUCAGCAUCUCCUGCGCGCCCCGCUCCCGGCCCCGGGGCCCUGCUCUGCGCCGGGACCCCCGCAGCAGUACUCUGGAUCCGGAAGACGAGGAGGACGACGAUGACGAGGAGGAGGACACGGUGACGAGGCUGGGCCCUGACGACACGCUGCCUGGCCCGGAGCUGUCUGCCGAUCCCGAUGGGCCUCUUAGCGUCAAUGUCUUCACGUCGGCCGAGGAGCUGGAGCGGGCACAGCGGCUGGAGGAGCGCGAGCGGAUCCUGCGAGAGAUCUGGCGCACCGGGCAGCCGGACCUGCUGGGCACCGGGACGCUGGGACACGGCCCCACGACCACAGGCACACUGGGUCGCAUGCACUAUUACUAAUGCCGGGCCCGGCUGCAAGGGGCUUUGCGGUGCUAGGCUUGCAGCCGAACUCAGUUUCCCUAGGACCUUCAAACUGCCGCUGCCCUGGAAUUCCGCUGGUGCUAUUGGAUAUGGAUCACCACUUUCUAAGCAGCUCCCUCCCUGGGCGGGCAUGGGGUGGAAGAUGCCAGGUCCCCACCCUUUCUCCCUGGGAACGAUGAAUGACCAAUGAAAGCUACAGUCUCAGUGA